AGACGUCGAGGCGAGAGCACGCGGCCAAAAAGACGUGCGCAUGUCAAGUGGCGAAUUGCGAGUUGCGUCGUUCGGUUUUCGAUUUGAGCCACAUGACGUAUACGCGAUACGGUCCGUGCCACUGCGCCUGCAUUGGGUAUUGAGUCAAUAAUGGUCAGUGGUCAGUGCUGCGGCUGUAGUGCGUGAGCCGAGUGGCAGAUAAUGUGUCAAUAAUUGACUGACUGGGCAAUCGCUAUUGCUCGAUCAGCAUGUGAACAGCCUUAAAAUAACUGGGAAGGAACUUCGAUGUGGUCAGCAAUCCAGGUGAUGUGAUUGGAAAUAAGCGAAGCUAAGUGCAUCCAUCUGCAUUUGCCAAUUUGCAAUUUGCGAGUUGAGCGGCCGUCUUAAUGGCUUGCCGCGAUUUCGAGGACAAAUAGCGAGUAUCUGUGACCCGUGAACCAUGUUCGAUUGAAUGUGGCAUCAAAAGCAGCAGCGGCAACACCAGCAACAACACCAGCGACAAAAAUAACACCGGCAAGAGCAACACCAACGAACAACAUGUUGACAACUCACCAUCUGCACCACCUGCACCACCAUCGCGGCAGUACGGCCGUGGAACUGGACAAGAUCACCAACCUGAAUACGCUCAUCGUGGAGAUCAACAGCCAUGUGGCGCUCUUCCGCGAUAUGCUGAUACACGUGGGCCAGGCCAAGGACUGCCCCGAGCUAAGGGAGAAGAUCCGGAAGCUGCGACGCACCUGCGUGGAGGCACUCAAGCACACCGCCCAGAUCCUGAUGCCCCAGGUCAAGAGCGCCAUGGCCGAUGGCAUCCUCACCGACAACCCGCAUUUGGUGCUCCUGUUCUACAUGGCCCAGUUGUUCCUACGUGAACUUGUGAAAAGCUAUCGCCUCAUACAAGUCGUGCCAAUGGAUAUGUCCGGCUAUUAUGAGAACCGAGCAGGGCCCUCGAACCUGGGAAAUGUCAUCAGCCAGAUAUUGUUGUGCAAACAGUUCACGCCCGACUUCAACGAGGAGGAAUUAUGCAGCAUCACCAAAGACUCCCAGGACAUCGCCGUGCUCCUUUCCGAGAUGCAGGAGUACAUGCCGCAGCACGAGGCGUACUUGGAACGCAACGCGGCCCUGGACACAACUGGUCCCUGGCAGGCGAAGAGGCGCCAGAACUACAUCUGCAAGAACAUGAGCCUGCUCUGCUGCGUCUCCAGGCCCAACUAUCUUUGAGAGCAGGCGGAUAGUGUGUAGUCCGAGACGGACUAGGACUAGCAUCCCGAUGAGACCAGAUCCGCACCCAACCACUACUUAUAUCAAUUACUAGCGCCUAAGUUGAGCCUGCAUACCCGUAGAGGAAAUUCUAGAUCUUAAGCCGAGGAGCGGAACACUCAAUUAGCAUUGUAACAUAAUCAAAGGUCAACGGAAGGAACAGGAUGGCACUGGAGGGUUCUUCUCCUCCCCAAGAGAGACAUGUGUAUAAUCAAUGUUAAUUAUGCUGCAUAUACAAUACUAAUGUAAAACCAAUUACACAAUACGGAUAUGAAUAUCUACUAUAUAGACACCGAUAUAGAGACGUUUAACUAAUGGAACGGAGCCAGUUAAGACUUGUUAGGCCAUUAAAAUGUAUUCACUGUAUAGACACACAUACAUUAUCCGGAAAUGGUAUAACCCUUGAGUUAACACUAAGAUUAGACAGAGGCUGAGGGAUAGCGUAGGGUGCUGGGAGCAAAAGGCAGUUAAGUGCUAGUUCAAAACGAUGUAGCCUUCGUAAUUAGGUUAAAAGCCUGGCCAGGCAAGUGCUAAACAAAAGCAAUAACAAACAUGUUACUCAAAAACAGAACAUAUAUAUAUAUAUAUAUUUAACCAAAUAGAAGUGUAAUUGAAGUGUCUCUAGGUUUCCGUUUGUUCAUUUCACGGUUUUCAAAGUGAACUCUGCACAGUACCUAAAAUCAGAACAAAUAAUCAUAAUCGAACAACAAACGAGCAACGUGUGACCAAUAAAAAUACAAAUAAACUAAAUCAAUUUGUUUAAAAAACAAGGUUUAAUAGCAAAUCAAUAUCCCAUUCUUAAAUGGUACAAUAGUAUUAUAAAUUCAGUGGGAGGCAACAAAGAAUUUCAAUCAGCCAACUUUGUGUAAUAUUUAAGCAGCCAAUGAAUAUUUAUUUCAGCACAAAGGAUUAUUUUCAAAUAGUUGUUGAAUCUAAACACAAUGAGAGUUUUUCUAACUAAUUAAAAAAUAAUGGGCUUUUUUUAUUUAAGAGGAAAUAGGUGAGACCAAAAGUGUAACAAUUAAAUUAUUAAAGUUAGCAUUUAUACUCCUUCCAUUCGAACAUUUUUUUGCUGGUAAGGUCGAAUAUUGCCGAAUAUAAAGCAAUUAUUGGCAAAUAAAUUUAUAGCACCGCCAAAAUGAAUAAUUAUGUUCUUAUUGUGUUUUCGGUUCCAUUGAAAUCGCAUUAAAACUGCACAAAUUUUAUUUUUACAAAUUAAAAAUGCUUUUAAACCGCUGCAGACGAGCAUAUGGAAAAUUCAUAAGUUGGUUUGUAUUCAAGGGAAAAACUACUUUUCAAUUGAGGGCAUUUUUCAUUUGGAGGGCACAUACUGUUGUGUUGCAUAUUUAAUGGCAAUUAAUUGAAGAAUAUAUUUUUUGUUGCCAAUUUAACUGACAGGAAGUGAGCGGAACACUCGUUUAACAUUGUAAAUCAAUUUGUUGUGCAAACAAGUAAGUGCUGAUCAACUAUGCUUGGGCUCUCGACAAUUGUUGGACCGCUGAAAUGACAAUGAAAAUGUAAAAACUCUGUUAGAAUGCCCAAAAUACAAUGGGUCAAGUAGCUGGCAAAUAUUUGUACAUACUUGGAGCCCAAUAGAAUAUUUAUAUAUAUAUAAACAGAAUCUCUCAUUAAUAUCGAAUUGUAGUAAAGAUUAUUUAUUAAUUUAUUUUAUUCGAUUCUAGGCAUAAAUCAAACACCAAACAAAUUUACACGUCUCUAGAGAAGUUAGUUCUUAAAUAGUAUGUUUAUAAUAUUGAUAAUUAUUUACCUGUAUAUGAAUGUAUAUUGCUUAGAUCGUUUAAAUAGGUAUUCCAUCAACAAGCCGUGAUUGUUAUAUGAUAUUCAUAUAAGAAUUAUCUGAAUGUAUUUCUUAAAUGUUUGUUCAUGUUGUUUAAAAAACUAAAUGCCACUGAGAAGUAACUCAAAAACUCACACACACUAGCAACAAGAAACUAAAACCAAAAACCGAAACUAAAUACCAAACUGGGUACCAAUCAAAUAUGAA